CGUGCGCGCUCCUGGCUGAAGGCGAAUGCAGUAGGCGGCGAGAAAACAAGCAGCGGUGGCGGAGACGAGAGGUGGCUCACCUACACAUCACAAGACCUUGUUUUGUAGCGGAAAUUUAACGCCCUGUCGGGUCGUGUCACCGCUGGAGACGACGAAGAAGGUUCACGGGCAGAAACAAAGGGAUGCCGUGUAGACUCGGCUGGUGACUUGUCUGCAACCUCCACUUUGCUUGUCCCAGGAGUCGGCCAGUUGGGAAGCAGAAUCCUGCCUUCCCCUUUUCUCAGUUUUAGCCUUUGCCUGAACAAAUCAAACGCAAACCAUUGGAUACACAGCUCGGCGCACCUGUGUUGCCUGGAUCAGCACAGCUCAUCUCCUGAGGAGAGCGCAGCAGCUGCCCAAGAUUCACCUUCCACCAACUGAUCACUCUUAGCCCCACCCACACCUCCCCAUCAUCAUGGUGCUGUCACAACGACAACGAGAUGAAUUAAAUCGAGCGAUAGCAGAUUAUCUACGUUCCAAUGGAUAUGAAGAGGCAUAUUCCACUUUCAAGAAGGAGGCAGAAUUAGAUAAUAAUGAAGAAUUGGAUAAGAAGUACGCUGGCCUUUUGGAAAAGAAAUGGACCUCUGUCAUCAGAUUACAAAAAAAGGUGAUGGAGCUUGAAUCCAAACUGAAUGAAGCUAAAGAGGAAAUUACCCUGGGAGGCCCUGUCAGUCAGAAGCGCGACCCCAAAGAGUGGAUCCCACGCCCACCAGAAAGGUACGCGCUGAGUGGGCACCGCAAUCCAGUCACCCGCGUCAUCUUCCAUCCAGUCUUCAGUGUCAUGGUGUCAGCAUCUGAGGAUGCCACAAUAAAGGUUUGGGACUAUGAAACAGGAGACUUUGAACGUACACUGAAAGGCCACACAGAUUCGGUGCAGGACAUCUCUUUUGACCAGACUGGCAAACUGCUGGCAUCCUGCUCUGCAGAUAUGACUAUCAAGCUGUGGGACUUCCAAGGCUUUGAAUGCAUCAGGACCAUGCAUGGACAUGACCACAAUGUUUCAUCUGUAGCUAUCAUGCCGAAUGGAGAUCACAUUGUUUCUGCCUCAAGGGACAAAACCAUAAAAAUGUGGGAGGUUGCAACUGGCUACUGUGUGAAGACCUUCACAGGCCAUAGAGAGUGGGUCCGUAUGGUGCGGCCUAACCAGGACGGCACACUGAUUGCCAGCUGUUCCAAUGACCAGACAGUGCGGGUGUGGGUCGUGGCCUCAAAAGAGUGCAAAGCUGAACUGCGGGAGCAUGAACAUGUGGUGGAAUGCAUCUCCUGGGCACCAGAGAGUGCCCACCCCACCAUCCUAGAGGCCACAGGCUCUGAGUCGAAGAAGAGUGGUAAGCCAGGACCCUUCCUGCUUUCUGGCUCCAGAGACAAAACCAUCAAGAUGUGGGAUGUAAGCACUGGAAUGUGCCUUAUGACACUGGUUGGCCAUGACAAUUGGGUGCGUGGAAUCCUCUUCCACCCUGGCGGCAAGUUUAUUGUGAGCUGUGCAGAUGACAAGACUCUAAGGAUCUGGGACUACAAGAACAAACGCUGCAUGAAAACCCUGUGUGCCCACGAACACUUUGUUACCUCUUUGGAUUUCCACAAGGCUGCUCCCUACGUCGCCACGGGGAGCGUAGAUCAAACAGUUAAAGUGUGGGAGUGCCGCUGAUCUGGACCUUGGAGGAUUGGACCACCAUCCUAAUUACCCAGAUGCUCCUCUGGAUCCCUCCUCCCCUCCUGCCAUCUCACGUCUCCUUUCAUCCCACCUCCCACUCAUCUAACAGUCUUACCUGCACCUUGCCAUCUUCUCCGGUUGCACUUACCACCAUGGUUACUUCCCCAUCGUGCUCUCUGGUCCAAUAACUUUUGUCCUUUGUAAAUUAUUCCUGGAUGUAGAUUGAGCUAUUAAAUGUUACACAAAAAAGUAUUCUUGCAUGGUAAUCCAAAAUUGUAUACUGUAAAUUUACAUAAUGUUGUCUAGAAGUACCAUAGGUUUAACACAGGGCUGGCCGUCUGUCACACAGCCUUACCGACCAACCGAAGGCAGAUGUUUUUGACUGGGUGUAAAAUGUAGGGCACUAAAAACCAAUAAUUUAAGAAAUUACAUAAACUUUGUGUCUUUAUGUGUAAGAUUUAUUUUUGUCAAUUUUUUUUUUAUUAUUAUUAUUUAGGAUUUAUUUUCUCUGUUAUUUCUCUCCUUCACUGUUGUAGUCUGUUGGUGCCUAGCUUGGUGAAACUUUCAAGAGAUGAGGAGGCAGGAAAAGCAUAUAUGAUGCGCUAAGAUACGAUUGUUUGUGGGGCUUUGUUAUUGAAAUAAUCUGUAGCUUUAUAACGUCACUUCUCAAGUGCGCAUACCAUUUCUCUUCUUGUGGAACUAGGUAAUAUUUUAAUGGCUGUAUAUACAAAUGUUUCAAACUAUUGUCCUUGGACCUCGGGGUUUUAAAAACAGCUUUGUACUCUUGUCAUGGUGGCACAUGAACCACUGCUAGGCUUUAGAGAAAUGAUCCCAUUAUUAAAGAAUCUGCUGCAAAUGAUAAACACUUUACAAAAAAGCCAAAUGCACCUGAGCAGAGUUAAGAAAUUACACCUGUUUAUUCUCCAGCACUUGAUUAAGACUAUGGGUGUGUUUCCCUUUACAAGAUGAUUUACUGUAAACUUGCAUGUCAGACAUUUGAAUUAAACCCUCUGUAGACUUAUAACUCCCUAACCAGUCAGUCAGGGAUCGAUGUACUAUUGUAAUUAUGUAAAGUCACAGGAUGCUCAGUCGACCCGUGGUGCAAACCGAUGCCUCUUGUAAAAUAAAGCUAAGAAAGAGAACACGUGACGUUAUAGCGAGGAGUCAAAGUGAGCCCCCUGGGUUUGAUAUCUUGGAUGUGCAAAGAUCUCUUACUUCUGAGAGGUGAAAUAAAACUGCUUAAUAAAAAUGGGUUUUGGUUAAAAAAAAAAAAGUUUUCUGUGAAAAUAUGAAAUGUAAAAUUAGCUUUAGUUAUUAAGAGAUUUUGAAAUUUUGUAUUGUCACACUAAAAGGAUGAACAUGGAUGGGUAUUUUGGAUUAGUGAGGAAAUGCCCUAGCAGCUGACAUGUUAUUAAGUGAUGUGUUGAUGCUGAGGUUGGGUUUUCCUGUGAAGAGCUCUUUGCUGUGAAAGAGGUGGCGCAGCUCCUGUAUCAGAUAAUGGAGGAGUGCCAAAGCCUGAGCAGUGAGGGUCUCUGCACACAAAGCCCACAGACCACCUCACACAUAUGCAAGCAUCUUUUGUGUGGCUUUUCUCAAAUGUUAGGUUUUCGGUCUUUGUGGAGCUGGAGUUGUAAUGGGGUGAAUUUUAUGACUUGAACCAGACCAUGCUGUAUAAACCAUUCCACUUCCCUUGGAAGACAAAAAAGAAUGAACCAUCUUGCUUGUACCUGUAGCUUGCAAGGUGAUUCUUAAACCUUGCACAUCCCUGUUUUUAUUGAAUCUUUGAUCAUCCUUUCAAAGGGAUAAAAGAUACAAAAUUAAAUGAUGUUGAUAAAUGCAUAAACCUAUCAUUUCUGAGUAGCCUAUUCAUUCUAGUGCCAUUCUUGGCUCAUAAAUAAUUCCACUGCUUAACUGAUCUUAGCUUUGCCAAGUUUUCCUCUCCCUGUGUGUACUGGAUGUGAUGAUCUGCUGCUUAAGCUCCUACUAGUGGCUACUGUGAGCCUCUGACCUUUUGACACUGCACUGCUGCAUGUAAACCUGCACCAGAAGCAGAGCUGUCGGAACAGAUCACUUUUAUAUCAGCAAAUACUGGAGUCUUCACACAGAGACCAAUUGGACUGAACAAAAAGAUGACAAAGUGUCUAUUUAACGUAGUUUGACAGUUUUGUGAAAUAAACUUGUUUGCUUUGGGGAAGAGAGUUGGAUGAGAAUACGCUGUUCAUGCACUGAAAGUAUUAAGUUGCAGGUUAAAAAGCAAUUAUGUGCUGAAUUAUUUCCAACUGAGCUGAAGUGAAACAAAUGAAUGUGUUGUUUUGUUUUGUUGUUUUGCCAAAAUUGUCAAAAGUAAAUUCAUUUUCGAAAAUUUGUGAAUUACCCCACCCUUUGCCCCAUGUCGGCCAGGAUUGGCCCUCAUGUGGAGGAUAAAGUGGUAGAAAAUGGAUGGAUGAAUUGGUCUAAAAUCAUACCAUUUACAAAAUGCUAAUAAAGUUAACGUCUGUAUGCAAUGUCAGCAAAAUAGCAGGAAUAAGAUAAACAGCUGUUUGGCUCAUUGACAGUGUAUAGUAGCCCUUGUUCAGGUGUUACCUUUUAGUCCAGAUAACAGCAGACAACCGCUGCAGUAAUUCUGCCAGUGGUUUAUUCCAUGUCUGUAGUUAUUCAAGUAUGGAAUGUUGAUGUCAGAAAGUACUUGUAUCUUUGCUGAUGUGAACAUUUUCUUUCAGCUCAAAUUUAUUGUCAGCACAUGUUUGGGUAACUUUCUACUGGCCCCUGCAUGGUUGCCUGGCAACUGCUGUGCACUUGGAUGAAGCCAGACUGGUACUUGAUCUGUUUCCAAUGUCUGUGCUGAAUCCGGCUGUAGGCAUGAGGAUGGUACCUUCUCAUCUACCUCUUAUGAACAAAGUGGAUUGGCCUAUUUCCCACAGUUUCAAACUCUUCCUGUGACAUUACCGUGUCCUUGGUAGCAUUUAGUUCAGACUGCUCUGUUCUCUGGCUGUGGAAAGGCUGGUUUUGUUGUGUGUGUGAUGCCAUUUGAAGGAGGUUUACCACCUACAUCUUCUGUAAAUGCAGUGGGAUUGUGGCAGACUAGGAUGUUCCAAAGGAGAAAUCCUCUCUUUCAGGGAAUACUACUGACGUCUCUUUUUGGUGUGUCCCCUCCCUGCCCCCUUAACAGAGGUUUUCUUUCUUUUUUUUUUUUUCUUUUUCUUCCAACAAGCUGUUUCCAAUUUGGUAGAGAAACAACUGAUUUUGUAGUACUAUUUGGCAUGGCUAGUAAAGAUGCCAAUGUGUUCAAUGUUCUAGCUGAAGCCAAAAAAUGGAGACAUUUGUUAGUACAAUCUGGUUUAUCUCAUGAAAUCUGCCUCCUUCUGCUGGUCCAGCACAUUGUGACCAACCUUUAAAAGAAAAUGAUGCUCGUCUCCUCAGGAUCAUGCUAUGACAUGGCAGGCCAUUAAAUGUAAAUUCCCUUCCUUGGUUUUACUCAAGGAAGGUGCUUAAUCAAAGUUCAGGACGACGUGUGUUCUGAUUCUUUUGUAAGAAAAUGUAGAUUAUUGCAACAACACAGCAGUUAGUGUUGAAUGCCUGUGUGCGCCCUGUUGAAGAAAAAUCCCCCCUUUGCCAUUGCAGGUCCCAAGCAAUCCCUGUGCUGCUCUGGUCUGGUGUGUGAAGGGACUGACGGACAGGUUUUCACUGUCUGUUGGUCUUUUCCUCCAGCCUCACACCCACCUGUCCUGUCCUGUCCCCUGUAACCUGCCUGUGAACCACAUCUGAGGGCUUCAGACUCCACAACAAGCUCCACCAGGAGAGCUCAUGAUGUUUUCACCUCUAAGGUCUCACUCUUCACUCAGCAAAACUGUUAACAAUAUACCUGGAUGUCAUUAUCGUUUGCAAUAUAAUAAAAGACUUAAAAUCUG